AUGGACGUCGACCCGCCCUUUUUCCAGCGCGAGACCGAUUCGUCGAACGAAGAACGAAUCCCGCACCCCCAGCACAUGGUUGCCCCGGCUCGCCUCGCUGCCGCGCAGAGCUCUAGUGCCGACGAGUACAGGAGUGUGAUCGACGACUUGACCGUCGAGAUCCAGAAGCUGAAGGACGAAUUGAAACGGCAUAAGCAGAAGGGUCCCGAUAUGCUUCGCAAGGACAAGCUCUUCGAAAUCAAGUACCACGGACUAUCACAAGGGAAGAAGCGCGAGCUGGAAUCGAAACUGCGAGACUUCACGGCCAGUCUGGGUAACUCGGUAGACGCGGCUUCUUCGCCGAGAAAGGUCCAGAAGGCGAAGGACUACAGAGAUCGCAUGUACUCGAAUUCCGGGUCCGCGAGCAAGCAUGCGUCGUCUUCCUCCGGCUCCAACACCCGUCCCGUCGACUCUGCUUAUGCAUCCAUGUCGAUCGGGGCGAACUCGUCAGGACAGUCGGCAGGACGACACCAGUCGAUGAAUUCGCGUGUCAAGUCAUCUGAGCAGAAGGUGGAAAGCUACCUUCGCGAUAUCCCCGAAGGACUAUACCCCCGCCACGUUAUGAUGACCGAGAAGCAAAAGAAGAAACUUGUUGUCCGCCGUCUGGAACAGCUCUUCACUGGUAAAAUCAGCGGACGUAAUCGCAAGGGCAUCAAGAGCGCGCAACCGGAUGUCAACCCAAUGCUACAAUCUGUGGUCUCAGAGGGCCAGCAGCAUCAAGCCAGGCCUGUUGUCCACCAGCCACCUCAGUUGGCUAAUGCACCUCUUCCCGCAGUCGCCAACACAAACGAAGCUAGCCGCGAGGCGAGGAUCUUGGCCACCGAUGAGAGAAACGGUAGCCAAAAGGCCAGUCGCUCAAGAGACAAUGGGUCAACAUCACAUUCAGGAGGCGACCAGACCGAGUUGAAUGGCAGCGGAAGUGGUACAACCACAUCACCAUCCGACCCGCCACCGCCUGAGCAGAGACCUACACGCCUACACGACCUGGACCCCGACCGUGUUCAAAUCCCAUCUGAGAACAUGGAAUAUAUCAAACACCUCGGCUUGUUGCCACCGGAGCUCAUAAAACGGUCCUCUGAUGAAUCCGACAUUCACCCCGACGCUGAUGGAUGGGUGUAUUUGAAUCUCCUUACCAGUCUCGCUCAGCUCCACAUGAUCAAUGUAACUCCUGACUUUGUUCGCUCUGCGAUCACCGGCAUCAGUACCAAAUUCCAACUGUCGCCAGAUGGUCGCAAGAUUCGCUGGAAAGGCGGUUCCGACGGUACCAAGUUCAGCAGCGACAGUUCUGAGGAAGGCAAUGGGAAAAGCCUGGAGAAUGAGGAAAUCGACAGCAGCAGAGAAGCGUCGCGCAAGCGCCAGAAGACUGGCCAAUCGACUGGCGACGAGUUCCAGUCCGGGAGCUCGAACAGCAGAUCGAAAGCCGGCGCCCAGGCUGCCUCUUCAGACAGCUUUCACUACAAACCCCUCUUUGUCCACCGUCAGUCAUCUGGCGGUCAGACUUCUCCCGAUGAGACCCUCUCCUCGUUUGGGCCGAUCGAAAACAGCAACAUGGAUGAGUCGGGCUGGGGCCAGAGUGGUUCUGGUGGCACCGCCAACAACCGCCGGAAACGUCGUCACGAUGGCGCCAUCAUCUACUACAGCGGCGCUCCGUUCUGUACGGACCUCUCUGGAGAUGCCGGCAGUGCCUCGCCUAUGGCCUACAUGAUGUCGAACGGACAGGCUCAGGAUAACGACAACAAGGCUCGCCCCGAAGUGUCGCGCACGGCCUCUGGCUCGUCACUGCCCUAUCGCCCACUGACGGAGAAGGCACCAUGUGCAGACCCUAUUUCCAAGAUGGACAUUGACGAUGGCGUUCCCGCUCUGACGGGUGAUUCGGGCAACGAAUCCGGAGAUGAGCUCGAUGUCGACAUCAACCUGUCGUGGACGAACGAACAGCAAUUUCUCGAAGUCCACCCCCUUGAGCCCUGUGGAUUGGGCGGUGUCAUGCCCGAGGAUCACUUCAUGGUGGUCGUCACGACCAAGCGACCCAAGGAGGAACUUCCCCAGACCAAAACUGGCAUGUCGAGAACGGAGGAGACGACGGACAGCAUCAUCGGCCGCCUGGCAUCCAUGAGUACAUCGUCCCCCGCCGCCAUUACAGCGACCUCGUCCCGCAAGGAGGCGCGCACAAUGGAAAUCGAGUAUACGUCUGGACGCAUCAAGCGACUCGCUCCAGUGCGCCUGCCACCACCAGCAAUAUUCUUCCCUCCAUUCAGCAGCGAUGGGUCAAGCGAUACCGACGACAUGUCCUCCUCCUACGGGGAUGACGAGCUAGAGUCCUCCGAGGUGACCAGCCGCCGUGCUGAUAUUCACCAAUCCGACGGAUACCCCGACGGCGUUGACCUCACGAGCGGCGACGAGGAUGGAGAGGAUCCUGAGAACGAGCCGGAUACUGAAGGAAUGUACGUGGGCCCCGCAAAGGUGUCGCCUGUCGACACGUUGGAGCGUCGGAGACAGAGCAGCCUCGAGGCUACCGGUCGCACUGACCCCAGUUCCGCCGCUACAGUCGGUGGACCUGGCAGUGUGGGCAGCGAUGAUGAUAUGAGUUCCUAG